AUGCCUCACAAUCACGCAUCUAAUUUAUCCAUUCGUUCUCCUAUCAAGACAAAUCGACCUCGUUCAUCAUCUUUACCAAAAUCUUAUGUUAUGCCUGCUGGACAGACAUCUUCUGAAAAUGACCCGGUGUAUGCCCGUUUGAAAAGAGGAAUAAUUCCAGCUAAGACUCGUCCACAAUCUCCCUAUCGAACAGAGAUGCCUGAAGGAUACGUGCCAUUAGCUGCAAUGCCAAAAAAUAGACAAUCUCCAUUAUACCCCAUCUCACAAGACAUUAUGGAUGAAGAAUACGUACCAUUGGCCGCAAUGUCUAGAAACAAUCGUCUCGCAUCAAUUCGAAAGGGCAAACAAACUUCUUUUCGACAAAAUAAUGCAUCGUCAAUAUAUAACGAAGAUUCAAUUCCUAAUCCAACUCUGCCUGAUCAACUUUCUGACUUACCUUCCCCUCCUUCCACUGGAUCUUCUCACUCUUCUGACCACCUUUCAGGAAUGAUAAACGAUUUUCCAAGUGUACCAGCACCCCAGCCAGUUCCAUCGCCAACUAACUCAUCCACAAGUCGUACCAGUCGUAUCAGUCGUAGAGAAUCCAUACUUAGACAAUUUCCAACCGUUCCAGCUCCACCACAAGUGGCAUUACCACAAUUACCAGGUAAACGUAGAUACAGUUCACUUGGAAAUAUUGGUCAGGUUAGUGAAUUACAUCAAGCUCUUAACCCUGAAAACAUUAUGAAUACUGGAUAUGCUCAUCAACCUAAGGAGUUUGUCAAGAUUGAAGAUUAUUAUGUUGAAUUGUUUUCUGAAAUACCUAAAGUUAAAAGGAAUUCUAGUUUUUCACUUGUUAGAAAGUUGUCUGGAAGUUUUCGUAAAAUGUUUAAACAUGGUAAAGAUGGUAAAUAUUAA